AUGUGGCUGCAGGAUCUUCAGGCUCUCAUUCCACCAGAUCAGGUCAGAGCACACCAAACUCUAGGCAAGAUUAUAGCAGCUUCAGAGUACAUUGCGGAUGUUUCUCUGCAUUUGGCCAGAUGCUCGGCCCGGUCAGUUGCUGCCACAGUGGCGUCACGCAGGCUUCUCUGGUUGAAACAGUGGCGCACGGACCUAAAGGCAAAGUGGCGCCUGUCAACUUCCAGGUAUAGUGGAACGCACUUAUUCGGCGCUGUGCUUGACCCUCAUGUCAUUGAGGGCAAGGACAAGCGCAAAAUCUUGGCUCACCCAUCCAAGAAGUUGGAUAGGCGACCCCAACUAGGUUACCAUCGUUUCAUACAGUGUCCGGUUUCAAACAAUUCCUCAAAGGCUCGUCUAGUGUCGACAGCAAUCGCCCACUUAUCAGACAUCAGGGCCAUAGAAAGGGUUCCUCCAGACCAGAUAGGAACCGGGUUUUAUUCCAUCCUGUUUGUGGUCCCCAAGGCCUCAGGGGGAUGGAGGGCGAUACUGGAUCUGAAGGGUCUAAAUCACUUCCUAACUUACAGGAAGUUCAAAAUGCAGACCCUGAAGUCCAUCCUGGCAAGCAUCAGGAAAGGGGACUUCCUCUCCUCCAGCGACCUGACGGAGGCCUACCUUCACAUUCCGAUCCUCCAGGAACACCGCAGGUUUCUGCGGUUCGCCUACACACACCGGCAUUACCAGUAUCGGGCCCUCCCCUUCGGCCUCUCGUCGGCUCCCAGGGUCUUCACAAAGAUCUUGGCCGUGCUGGCGGCUCAUCUAAGGAUGAGGCCCGUGCGCGUACAGUGUUAUCUGGACGACAUACUCGUGCAGUCCAGAUCCUUUCACUCAGCCCAGUCAGACCUGGAAAUCACAAUCCGGACUCUUCAGGACCACGGUUUUUCCCCAGCGAUCACGACUGGGGCACUGGGCCAAGGGCGACCCCUGCAGGGACCACCACCCCUCCAUCAGUGUGGCAGCAGGCGGUCCCAGUGGCUCCAGCAGCAGCCGUGGGACUCCAUCGAUCUUGACAAUCCUCAGGAGGGUGCCAGAGCCACACAGUUGUUGGAGGAACUGAUUAAGGAACUGCAAAAAAAGGCAGACCACCAGGUGGGCGAGGAUGGCUUUCUUCUAAAGAUCAAACUGGGUCAUUAUGCCACUCAGCUACAGAAUACAUAUAAACACUGCCCUCUGGAGUUAGUACGCUGCAUUCGAUACAUCCUAUACCAUGAGCAACGACUGGUGCAAGAAGCCACAGAUAGCCUUUUGCCAGCUAGCAGCCUGGCUGACGCCCUGUCCCAGAAGCACCUUCAGAUCAACCAGACCUUUGAAGAAUUAUGCCUUGUGACCCAGGACACUGAGAACCAGCUGAAAAGGCUUCAGCAGACUCAGGAAUAUUUCAUCAUCCAAUACCAAGAGAGCCUUCGUCUGCAAGCCCAGUUUACUCAGCUUUCUCAGCUAAACCCACAGGAACAUAUGGGCCGUGAGCCUACUUUGCAGCAAAAAAAGACAUCCCUGGAAGCUUGGCUACACCGGGAGGCUCAGACAUUGCAACAAUAUCGUGUAAAACUGGCUGAAAAGCACCAACGGACACUGGUUUUGCUCUGCAAGCAGCAGACUAUUAUCUUGGAUGAUGAGUUGAUCCAGUGGAAGAGGAGGCAACAACUAGCAGGAAAUGGCGGCCCUCCCGAGGGGCCUUUAGAUGGCCUACAAGCAUGGUGUGAGAAACUGGCUGAAAUCAUUUGCCAGAACCGUCAACAAGUAUGCCGUGCAGAACACCUAUGCCAGCAGCUGCCUAUUCCUGGACCCAUUGAAGAGAUGUUAACAGAUCUUAACACCACCGUCACAGACAUAAUUUCUGCCUUAGUCACUAGCACAUUCAUAAUAGAAAAGCAGCCUCCACAGGUGCUAAAGACUCAGAUCAAGUUUGCCGCAACAGUGCGACUAUUGGUUGGAGGAAAGUUAAAUGUUCACAUGAACCCCCCACAAGUAAAGGCCACCAUCAUCAGUGAACAGCAAGCCAAAGCCCUACUAAAGAAUGAGAGUACCCGCAAUGAGAGCAGCGGUGAUAUCUUGAACAAUUCCUGUGUUAUGGAAUAUCAUCAGGCAACUGGAACACUGAGUGCUCAUUUCCGCAACAUG